AUGCUGCCCUCCUACGCUGCUUCGGGGUCCAAGGUGACCCCAAGACACAAUGCUGCCGCCGCCAGCUUCUCCAACGGCUACCCACGAUCCUCCAACACAUUAGAGUUUUCGCCGCAUAGAUUUCAACCACGCAAUUCUCCUCCAUCCCUUCGCCGGCGACGCAAGCUGCUCACACGGCUCGCCAUUGUUGUCGUCCUUGUUCUCUUCGGCGUCUUCGUCUGGCCCGCGGCGCCCGUCCUGUCUCUCUUUUCCUUGAACCUGUUCUCGUCCGGCGACUACAUCGACCUCGAGACCGUCCGUUACUAUGACCUGUCUAAUGUCCAGGGCACCGCGCGCGGCUGGGAGCGCGAGGAGCGCAUCCUGCUGUGCGUGCCUCUGCGCGACGCCGAGCCCCAUCUGCCCAUGUUCUUCUCGCACCUCCGCAACUUUACCUACCCGCACCACCUUAUCGACCUUGCCUUUUUGGUCUCCGACUCCAAGGACCGCACCCUCGAAAUGCUUGUCAAGAACCUCGAAACUAUCCAGGCCGACACCGACCCUACCGAGCACUUUGGCGAGAUCUCCAUUCUGGAGAAGGACUUUGGCCAAAAGGUCAACCAGGACGUCGAAAGUCGCCACGGCUUCGCUGCCCAGGCCAGCCGCCGCAAGCUCAUGGCCCAGGCCCGCAACUGGCUGCUCAGCGCCUCGCUGCGCCCCUACCACUCGUGGGUGUACUGGCGUGAUGUAGACGUCGAGACCGCGCCCUUUACCAUUCUGGAAGACCUCAUGCGCCAUAACAAAGAUGUCAUUGUGCCCAACGUCUGGCGCCCGCUCCCGGACUGGCUGGGCGGCGAACAGCCGUACGAUCUGAACUCCUGGCAGGAGUCCGAGACGGCCCUGACCCUCGCCGACACCCUGGACGAGGAUGCCGUCAUUGUCGAAGGCUACGCUGAGUACGCCACGUGGCGACCCCAUCUUGCCUACCUGCGCGACCCCUACGGCGACCCGGAUAUGGAAAUGGAGAUUGAUGGCGUGGGCGGCGUCAGUAUUCUGGCCAAGGCCCUGGUCUUCCGUCAUGGUGUGCAUUUCCCUGCGUUCAGUUUCGAGAAGCACGCAGAGACCGAAGGUUUCGGCAAGAUGUCCAAGCGUAUGGGUUUCUCGGUGGUUGGUCUGCCACACUACACCAUUUGGCAUUUGUACGAGCCCAGUCUGGACGACAUCCGGCACAUGGAGGAAAUGGAAGCUGAGCGCAUUGCCCGCGAGCAAGAAGAAAAGGAAAAGGCCGAGAAGGCCGAGAGGAUGAAGAAGACCUUUGGCGACGCCGGUGGCCAGUGGGAAAAGGACAAGGCUGCUCUGCAGGACAUUGUCAUUGAGGAACCCGCUGUUGCUGCCGGAGCUGGUGCCGCUGCUGGUGGUGCUGGUGGUGCCGGUGCCGCCGCUCCCGCUGCCGCUGGUGCCGCUGGUGCACCUGUUGCUGGCGCAGCUGCCGGUGGUGCCGCUCCGGCUGGUGCUGCUGGUGCGGGGGUUCCUGCUGCCGGCGCCGCCGGUGGUGCUGGUGCUGGUGAUGCCGCUCCCGGUGCUGCUGGUGGCGCUCCUGCUGGUGGCGUCCCGGCGGCAGGCGUGCCGGCCGGCGGUGUUGCGGCCCCUGAUGCCGCCGUUCCUAACAAAGCUGUCCCGGUUGUUGGCGACAAAGUUGUCAUCGCUGAGAACGCUGAGAACGCCCAAGACGCAGGCAAGGUCGUACUAUAA